AUGUCCGACGAAUUAAAAAAAGAAGUUCGUCUUUUAACAGCUGAUGUUAGAUUAUCUUUAUUUGACAAUAAAGAAGAUGAAGCAAUAGAAACGUUAAAUGAUAUUAUAAAGAAAUUAUCAACUGUUAAUAAUGAUGAUACACUAAAAAAAAUUCUUCUUGUAUCAUAUAUUGAUCGGAUUGAAUUAUUUUACAAAAAAGAAAAAUUUGAAGAUGUUGUUAAAGACGUCGGCUGUUUGAAAAAACUUAAUUACAAUAUAUAUAGGGAUAAAAAAAUCCUAUUAAUCUAUCACAAAUCUCAAAAGGCUAUAAAUGAUUGA